CAACCAAGCGUGACGAGAUUUACCAGACCCAUUGCUAACAGUAUAUAUAUACUUGUUUCCUAGGUUCGUCUAGCAAAAAAAAAAAACAUCAUCGCGAUAUAUAGUGCAAACAUGCAAAAGUAAAGGCAGUGUAUGUAUGUAGCUUCUCAAUACCUUAUUGUGUGAACUUUAUAUUGUACAAUUUAUUGGAUAUAGUCUCGAAUACUUAGAUAUGGAGGGACUAAAAGUUUCCCUAGUCGUCCUGUUGUCUGUGAUAUCAUGUUCCCUCGCAAAGAAUUCCUAUGUUGUCAUGUUUCCAAAAACAAUACGUCCCAAUCUGGACACACAAGUCAAUGUCCAGCUCCUGGACGCCAGUCGUGCCGCUGGGACCACGGUGGUGGUCAGUCUAGUGGACAAAAAUAAUAAAACCAUUGUGUCCGAAAUGGGAACCACAGAUCCAGCAAAUCCUACAAGGCUGUCAAUUCCUCUAAAGAUGCCAGCCAGCCUAACCGUCGGCGAGGAGUACGCCAUCAUGGUGCAAGGUGAAGGGGGGACCAACUUCAGCAAUUACACAAAAGUGCAGUUCAAUCCUAAAUACUCAUCUAUUAUGAUCCAGACAGACAAAGCCAUUUAUAAACCUGGACAAACCAUUAAUUUUCGAGUGUUCGGAAUGUACCCAGAUCUGUCCAUUGUAAAUGAUAACAUUGAUGUCGAAAUAUAUGAUCCUUUGGGAAACAAAAUCGCCCAGUGGAAGAAUAAAGUACCAGACAAUGGAGUGUAUACAGAUAGCUUAGUUAUGUCUGAUCACCCAGUGCUUGGAGAAUGGAAAAUCAAAGCUGUACAAGGGAACGAAGCUUACACCAAGACGGUUACUGUGGAUGAAUAUGUUUUGCCGAAGUUUGAUGUUAACUUGGAACUCCCACCCUACGGACUCAGCAACAGGAAUCUAACCGGCAUUAAAGUCGUUUCCAAAUACACAUUCGGAAAACCUGUGAAGGGAACAGUCGACAUCAGACUUCGCCCUCCAUACCUCAGCAGAAGUCCAUGGUCUAUAGAGAAUAGGAAGAAGCAGGGUCUUCUGGAUGAAAUUUCCCAUAGUGCACCGAUAAAUGGGGAAUAUAAAUUUGAUGUGGAAAUUUCCAAACUGAAAAGCCUGGACAAAUGGCUGGAUUACAGCGAGAUCUUGUUUGAGGUGAACGUAACAGAAGCUCUGACAGGCCUUCGACAGAACGCAUCUGGAACCGUCCGGUUUUAUCCCCACGAAAACAAAGUGGAGUUUCUCGAGUCUCUUCCCAAAACAUUCAAACCCGGCCUCAAAUAUACAGUCCUGGGUAGAGUAAUGCGACAAGACGAUUCUCCGAUUUCGCUUCCUACUGCCUCUAGGGUGAAGUUGACUGUGACCCACACCCUCCCUCUCCCGUCAACCACCACCUCUACCACCACCACCACCACCCCUCCUCCCCCUCCAGAGGCCGGAGUGGGACCUGGACUUAUAGGUAUAGAGGAACCAUUCAUCGUGAACAGACGACGUCCUAUGUGGCAGCCGACCACCAAAGACGAGAAAAUGGAACCAGUUUUUCUCGAUGUGGAUGUUGAUGGCAUCUUCAAAUAUGAAAUGACUAUUCCCCCGAAUGUUAAGCGGGCAUCUGUGGAUGCCCAAUACGAGAAGAGUUCUUCUUACCUCGGACUCAACCCCAGUAAAUCACCUAGUGAAAGUUACAUGCAAGUCUCUCUGAUGAACCCAGAUGUCAAACCAACGACUGGAUCUGUCUCUUCGUUUGAAAUCAAAACUACAGAACCUACUCCCAAAGUUUAUUACCAGGUCGUUUCCAAAGGUCAGGUCGUCCAUACAGGCGAUAUCGACAUGCAGUCCUCAAAGGUCAAGACGUUCACUUUACCUAUAACGACAGAUAUGGCCCCCAAAGCUCGCCUGAUUGUUCAUUACGUCAGAGAUGACGGAGAAAUUGUUACAGACGCUCUGACCUUCAAUAUCAAGGGAACCUUCAAAAACAAAGUGGAUAUUGACUUUGACGUUAAGGAGGCUCGUCCUGGAAAGGAAGUGGUUGUAUCCGUUAAAGCGGAUCCGGAUUCUACUGUUCAUUUGUUGGCGGUCGAUAAAAGUGUUCUCAUUUUACGUAGUGACAACGAUAUCAAAGAAAGCAGGAUAAACGAUGAGUUAAACAGCUAUGAUAACGAACACUUCGGCGGCGGAUGGGGACCCUUUGCUCGAUCAUCAUGGUGGCCAAUGCCCUCUGGCGGAGAGGAUGCCGACGAUGUGUUUCGGAAUAACGGCAUAGUGGUGCUCACAGACGCCCUAGUUUACAAUUACGAGGAACCAUGGAGGCCACCGAUGUUUCGUCGUGCUCGAAUGGGCUUUGGAGGGGGAAUGGGAGUUCAAGAUGGUGUGAUGAGGAUGCAAGCCCGCAACAAUGUUCAGUUUAAAUCAGAACGAUCAGAACGACCGGUCCAAGCAUCCCCUCCACGCGUUAGAAAACUAUUUCCCGAGACCUGGUUAUGGAGUAACGCUAGCUUAGGACCCGACGGUGUGACGUCACUCAGCAUCCCUGUUCCGGACACCAUUACUACGUGGGUGGCUACUGCAUUUGCUGUCAACCCUAAUUCUGGUUUGGGUUUGACCCCGAGUCCCGCUAAUGUUAAAGUCUUCCAGCCUUUCUUUGUGAGUUUGACUAUGCCUUAUUCCGUGACUCGUGGAGAACUGGUGGUUCUGCAAGCCAACGUAUUCAACUAUUUGAAUCAUGACGUCAGGGUUUUAGUAAUCAUCGAUAAAAACGAAGGCUUCAAAAAUCUUGUGACCUACAUACAAGACAAUCAAGUGAAGAAGGGGAGAUUCUCGGCCCGCGUGGGACGUACAUUCAAUAUGACAGCUGGUGAAAUAUACCCUGUGUAUUUCCCAAUUACUCCUACAGAGACAGGGGAUCUUAAGAUUAAUAUCACCGUUAUUUCCACGGGCCCUGGAGAUGCAGUUAUUCGAUAUCUCAAAGUCGAGCCUGAGGGAGUUGAGAAGGAGUUUAACAACCCUGUUUUGAUCAACACUGGGAACACGGGGACUUUCUCAGAGGAUGUCCAGUUGUCUUUUCCACCCAACACUGUGGCCGGCUCUAAGCGUAUCAGGGCGUCCGUUAUUGGUGAUGUGAUGGGGCCAUCUAUCAGCGGACUGGACUCGUUACUCAAAAUGCCAUAUGGAUGUGGAGAACAAAAUAUGCUGAACUUUGCUCCCAAUAUCUUUGUUCAGAAAUACCUUACCAUCACAAACAAUCUCACUCCAGACUUAGAAAAGAAAGCUAAAGAAUACAUGAUUAAAGGUUACCAGCGGGAACUGACCUACUCACAUGAUGAUGGAUCCUACAGUGCUUUUGGUAAAAGUGACAAAUCGGGCACCACCUGGCUGACUGCUUUUGUUGUAAAGUCUUUCUCUGAAGCUUACGACUUCAUCACCAUUGACGAGGAGGUCGUUAAGAAAGCCGUCACUUGGCUAGUCUCUCAGCAAAACAACAAUGGAACUGUCAGGGAGCCGGGCAGGGUCCUACAUAAGGAAAUGCAGGGCAGUUCAGCCUCAGGGGAAAGAGCUCUCACGGCAUUUGUUUUAAUUGCUCUUAAAGAAGCUGGGGCCAUUCCAGGGGUGUCAGAACUGACCGGCCGAGCGAUACGAAAGGCAAGGACCUACCUGGAAGAGGACAUCCACCUUCUGGAAGACAUGUAUGAAUUAGCUCUCGUCGCAUACGCCUUACAGAUAACUGAAAGUCCUAGAGUUGGCGAGGUGAUCAACAAACUCAACGCGAAAGCUACAGUCAAAGAUGGACUUAAAUUCUGGUCCAAGCCAGCGACAGGCAUCCAGUGGAAGGGAUGGGCUCCCCCCAAGGAUCAAUCCAAGGCUGUGGACAUAGAGACCACGGCCUAUGCUCUCCUAAAUUUAGGGGUCAACAAGGACCUGGAAGGAGGGUUACCUGUUCUCAAGUGGAUUACCUCCCAGCGUAACCCCGAGGGCGGCUUCUCUUCAACACAGGACACCAUAAUUGCACUUCAAGCUUUGUCAGAGUUCGCCUCCAUGGUGUUCAGUCCAACCUUUAACAUGAGAGUACGGUUGACCAGUAAGACACCAGGCGUACCAUACCAACAUGAAUUUACCGUGAACCAGAACAACGCACUCGUCCUCCAAACAGUAGACAUUCCCUUGGAGAUUGAUAGACUAGGUGUCACAGCCGAAGGAUCGGGAAUUGCUUUAGCAGAGAUCUCUACUUACUUCAAUACUGAUGAAGAAAUAGAAGUCCAAUCGUUUGAUGUUAAUGUGACCCUCGCUGAUGAAACAACGAAAGGAUUCACCGUCAAAGUCUGCGGAAGAUGGCUAAAGAAAGGAAACUCUGGUAUGGCAAUGAUGGAUAUCGGAGUACCCUCGGGAAUGACCCCUGAUAAAGAUUCGCUGGAUACGUCUAAAGCUCCCAUGUAUAAACGGAUUGAAUCAGGAUAUAGAAAAAUAUCUUUAUACUUUGAUGAGUUUGACGGCCAGGCUCAGUGUGCCUCAAUAUACAUGGCCAACACAGACAAGGUAGCAGAGAAACAACCUUCAGUCAUCCGGCUCUACGACUACUAUGAACCCAAAAACCAAGCUACCACAUUUUACACUUCCAAAGUUUUGGCGGAUUCAGGAGUCUGUGAUGUGUGUGGCACAGAGUGCUUCUGCGCAGCUAAGCCUUAACAGUGUAGAGGAGUUCUUGGUACAUUCCUGUUGAAAUAUUGGUGCUACCACGUUAGAUUCGGCAUCUUUAUUAUAUUAUGUGUUUUUCUUUCUUAGUUUUUCUCUCUCAGUGGUGGAAGGAUUAAAUUUAGCCAUCACAAAGAGAUGAAAAUCAUCACUCUACAAACUAUCAUAUAGUUCUUUUGAAAUACUGCACUGUGUUGUCCUUCACAUGUAACAUAUCUUUAUGAAUUCAAACUAUGAAUAAAAUAAAUAUUUUUGUA